CCUGUUGAUGACGUGCUUUAUUUUGGGGCGUGUUUUCGUUCAGCACGGAGCGCUUUUUGCUUCCAUGUAAACUGUCUUGUUAACCAGUCAGGGACAAUAUAUCUGCAGAGGAGAAGAAGCAGAAGACGCUGGAGUUGUUGCUUAUUGGUGCUGCAGUUGUAACCAUCUAGCAUGUAGUGAAAUCUGUAUCUUUUUCUGUAUUUGCAAUAUGAAGAAUGGAAGAAGACGAUGUGACUAUCAGAGAGCAGAAUUUCCACAGUCAAGUCCGAGAGUACAUCAUUUGCUUCCUCCUGUUUGCAGUCCUCUACAUCGUGUCCUACUGCAUCAUAACCAGAUACAAGAGGAAGAGUGAUGACCAUGAGGACGAAGAUGCGGUCGUCAAUAGAAUAUCAUUAUACUUGUGCACCUUCACCCUGGCAGUGUCAGGUGGUGCCGUCUUCCUACUGCCUUUCUCAAUCAUUAGUAACGAGAUCCUCCUCUCCUUCCCCAAAAACUAUUACAUUCAGUGGCUCAAUGGCUCCCUCAUUCACGGUCUGUGGAACCUGGUGUCACUGUUCUCCAACCUUUGCCUCUUUGUCCUGAUGCCCUUUGCCUAUUUCUUCUUGGAGUCUGAGGGAUUUGCGGGAUCUAAAAAGGGCAUUAGGGCGCGUAUUCUAGAGACCUUUGUGAUGCUCUUCCUGCUGGCUUUGCUCAUCCUGGGCAUCGUGUGGGUAGCGUCAGCGCUCAUUGACAAUGAUGCAGCCAGUAUGGAGUCACUCUACGAUCUUUGGGAAUUUUACCUACCAUACCUCUACUCCUGUAUAUCUCUGAUGGGAGGACUGCUUUUACUCAUGUGCACUCCUGUGGGAUUGUCCAGGAUGUUCACCAUCAUGGGCCAGUUACUAGUGAAGCCAACAAUCCUGGAGGACCUGGAUGAGCAGAUUUACUGCAUCCAUUUGCAGGAGGAAGCCCUUCAGAGGAGAUUAAACGGAUCAUCCUCACACACUUAUACUCGAGGAAGCUUUACUCACCAGCUCAACAAAGAACUGGACAACAUUAGAAAUCAGAGGAAUAAAUUGGAGAGAAGAAAGAAAGCAUCAGGUUGGGAGAAGAACUUGUUGUAUCCCAUAGUGAUGCUGAUCCUGCUCGCAGGAACGACAAUCUCAGUUCUUAUGGUGGCAUUUAAUAUCCUCUACCUUCUAGUGGAUGAGACUGCCAUGCCCAAGGGAUCCACGGACCGAGGCAUUGGGAACACCUCUCUGUCCACAUUUGGCGUGGCUCAGGCGGUGCUGGAGAUCAUCCUCAUGUUCUACUUGAUGGUGUCCUCUGUCGUUGGCUUCUACAGCCUGCGAGUCUUUGAGGGACUCACUCCCAGGAACGAUGACACAACCAUGACAACGAUCAUUGGUUGCUGUGUGUCCAUCUUGGUUCUGAGUUCAGCCCUGCCAGUGAUGUCCAGAACUCUAGGUAUCACCAGGUUUGAUCUCUUGGGAGAUUUUGGAAGAUUUAAUUGGCUGGGAAACUUUUACAUUGUCCUCUCAUACAACCUGCUUUUUGCGGUCGUGACAACUCUCUGUCUUGUGAGAAAAUUCACCUCAGCAGUACGGGAAGAGCUUCUAAAGGCCUUAGGUCUGGAUAAAUUGCAACUGUCAAACAGCCCCACGGACCCUGAAUCUGGGAAGCUCUCGGCCAACGGGCAUCAGAAAACUCUGUGAAAGGGACGAUAGAUCAACACACACACACACACACACACACGUACACACACACACACACACACACACCUUAGCACAGCCAAAGGGAGAUUUCGACAGUACUGCCUGACUGCUGAAAGGUGAAAGGGAUUGGAAGGAACUUAAUAAACCCAGGCAGUGUCUGACGGAUGCUGCAAAUGGAGGCUGAGAGCAAUUUAGCUUCGUGACAUUCCAUCCUCUGCGUCUCGGAUGGAAGCUGGGACAGAGCCAGGGAUGAGACAGAGGAGUGAAAUAGACUGGCAUCACUGCAGUGACCUUGAUGUUGACCUCAACCGUGACUGUGACUUUAAACCACCCAUCUCUUGCUUCAGGGGCACUCUUCCUACCCAGCUACCUGUUUUUCUUCUACAACCUCCUCACCAUUGCACUAGACAAAAGCAAAGCAGGUGAAACAAUGACUACGUUUACAUGCACAAAAUAUUCAGUUUUUUGCCCUUAUUCAGAAAAAGACAACAUUCCUACUAAGCUGUUUACAUGGCUAAUAAAAAUGAAUAUUCCACUAAUAUUCCUGUUUACAUGCAGCCGUGUAUACUACGAAUAACCGGUGGCGGACUUGUUUGACCGUGUGAACACAGCCUCCCUCUUUCAUCCCUUCAACCACCUUUUGAAAAGGUCGGCGUUGUGAUAUUUGCGCAUAUCAAAAGAAACCUAUUAACUUUGGUAUUCUUCAACCUGGACCCUAUUUUCCAAUGUUUUUGUGUCUAAGUGACAAAUGGGGACAGCACUUUUUGAAAUUGGCCCAGUAUGGAGGGAGAACGCUGCAACCGCCAGUCGCUAAAUGAGCUGCAAUGUAAUCGCUUGGAGCAACCUGGUACCGUCAGUUUACGUCCACUAAAAGUGCUUGUUUUUGCCACUUA